AUGACAGUGGGCACACGACGUAUUCUGGUCAAAGAAGUGACUUCUUUGUUUGAAUUGAAACCAGGUGUUGUAGAAGAAUCACAAGCAUUGCAGAAAUAUCCUAAAGAAGAAUUGAAUGCACCUAUUGGCCUUGUCAUUCAUAUGCUUGGCCUUGUUGUUCGUUAUUUAGGCAUUAAAUUACCAUUCAUGAUUUUUCAGAAAGGCAUUCAGCAUUAUAUUCGCAUGAUUCCGCCUAAUACGCAGAUAUGGAGCAGUACAAGAAAAUUUCCCUUGUUUCUUGAGGAAGACGAUAAAAACUUCAAGCGGUUCGUUGUAGGCAUGGCCAUGUUAAAUUACAACUUGGCCUAUCUAUGCCAUACACAAGGUGUCAAAAUACCAGUGAGUCAAGUAGUCAAUACGCUUCAAAGUCUAAUGGCUUGUUGCCGUGCACCUGGCUUAGGCAUGUGA